UUUCUCUUUGGGGGUGGUGAAGACUUGGCCAUGUCGUUCAAUAAACUCUUAAAAACUUUGGCUGAUAGAUACGCGUCACAAGCCGUCCCUACCAAAACUGUGCAAGGUUGGGAAACGACGUCGGAUCUAAGAAAAAAAUUGGUUGCAACUCAUAUCAAUGCGCUACCUAGCCGUCUCCAAAGCGCAAAGGAAGAGUUGAAGGAUUUUGUACAAAAGACGCGUACUUUGGACUUUACAUACCUUGCUGCUUUUCGGUUUGGAAUCCGAAGUUUAGAGUUGGCGGCGUGGUACUGGAUAGGGAAGACUUUGGGAAAGAGAGAACUUCCCAACUCCAUAUAAAAAGUUGCAAAAGACUUUUAUUGGUUUGGUUGGCUUCAUUUGUGCUUGUUUCGGAAACCUCUUGUUUCAUAUUGGUGUUUUAUAAAAUAGUUGAACUUUUUAGAAGUUGCCUAAUAUAUAUCCAUCU